AUGGCCCCACUAUCCGCACCAGAGCUUCAUCAACUUGCCACCAACCUCCAAGCCAUCCUAUCCACCACCCGCUACGGAUGCACCUCCCUCACCCAACUCACCGGCGGAACAACAUCCUUCGUCUUCCUCGGCACACUGCACCAACCCCUGCCAGCUACGCACCACGGUGGCAAUCAGGAACAAGAAGAUAGCGUAAUCAUAAAGCACGCAGCGCCCUUCGCAUCAUGCCACACCGGUUUUCUCGUCGAUGCAGGUCGUGUAAAGUACGAAGCACUGAUGCUGGAGGCCUUGCAUCGCUUCGCCCCAAGUAAUCAAGCAGUCGCUGUCAAGACGCCGAAGUUGUAUCAUUAUGACGAGAGGGAAAGGGUGCUGGGGAUACAGUACAUUCCCGAUACCAGGUCCCUGCAUGAAUGUUUAGAUCGCUUGAGUAAAGAGCAGGCAGAGAGGAUGGGACACGCACUGGGAACAUGGCUCUCUGCUUUCCACGCAUGGAUGGAUACGCCCGAGCAGUCGGGGCUGAAAGCGCAGCUCAAGCAAAACAAAAAGGAGGUGGAAUUGAAGUGGAAGCUGACGUGGGGACAGGGCACGGAGGUGUUAGACAGGCUGGGAGAUGUGGUGGACGAAGAGGAUCGGAGAAUGUGGGAUGCUGCCUGCCUCACUGCCUGGGAGGACUUGGGAAAGGAGGAGAAGAAAGGGCUUGUGCAUGGAGACUUUUGGGCGGGCAAUAUUCUCGUUGCUAAUACACUGGCCGCAGAAGGUAGCACCGGAGAAUUGCACCUCCACAUCAUCGACUUUGAGUUCUCGCACUUUGCAUCCCGUGCCACGGAUCUGGGCCAGUUUUUGGGCGACUUAUGCGAGCGAUACUACAUUCACGCCUCGCCGCCUUUUUCCAUACUGCGAGUCAUCGUUGGCUUCUUAACCGGCCACGGACCCAUCAGCGAGGAGCUGAAGUGGAGGACGGCCGUAUAUGUGGGCGUGCAUAUGGUGAACUGGUGGAGUCGGGGACCACCAGGGCGAAAAGAUGCGGACGAGAGUAAGAGGGAGAGGGGGCUGGGACUUGUGCGGACGGGAGUGGAGUUCGUAAAAGGAGGACAGGAGCAGGAUAGGAGAGUAUUCUUGGAUACGCCGAUAGCCCCUUUGUUCGAGGUCUGA